CCUCACGAAGCCAGAGGCUGCUGACUGCAGCAGAUCCUCAAUCUUCCGUCUGCACUGCAUUCUAUAUGCGGAGCUGCGAAAGUCCUUUGUUGCGCAUAAGAACUCCAUCACAGUUUUAGCUUUGCCAUCAAUGUCGCUCGCCAGCGACGCGUGAAUAUCUACGUGAUAGCUUACGUGGCCGAGCUCUGCAGCAUUGCCUCUUCACCUUCGAAUCUCUCAUUUGGUUUACUUCCGCAUGAUUCUCUUUUCUUCUGCGCCCAUGUCUUCUUCACGUCGGCCGCGCCUUUCAACUUCUGCCUUUACCUGAGUCGCCGGACAAUACCUCAGCCCCACGUACAAUCGCACAACAUCAACCUAGAGCCAGCCUUCUACCAACAUCCCACUACGGAGAGAAAAGACAGCAUGAAGGAAAUUGACGCCCAUUUCGAUGCGUACGAGCAUCUGAAGCACCUACCAAGAGAUGGAGAAGCGCUACACAUGCUCCGCAAGGCUGCGUCUAUGGUCAAACCCAUGAUGCGAAAGCGCGGCUGGAAAGUCGGUACACUGGCUGAGUUCUUACCAGAUGAACCGCAGCUGCUAGGUCUCAACAUCAAUCGCACAGAAAGGAUCCUUAUCCGGUUGAGAUACCAUUAUGAUUCCAGGCAGUUUCUAUCUAUGGAGCAGGUCACAGAUACUUUGCUACACGAGCUCUCGCACAUUGUCUUUGGACCCCACAAUGCCGACUUCAACAACCUCUGGAACGAGCUCCGUGACGAACAUCAAUCGCUGCUCAUGAAGGGCUACACGGGCGAGGGCUUCCUCUCACAAGGUCAGAAACUUGGUGGUAGGCGCAUACCAGUCGAUGAGAUGCGUCGUGCAGCUAGAUCAGCCGCCGAGAAGCGCAAAACUACGAUCAACCAGAAUGCUGGCGGUCAUCGAUUAGGUGGUGCUCCGGUAGCAGGAGGUAUCGAUAUGCGCAAGGUCAUCUCAGACGCAGCUACACGGCGGACAAGUAUCACUGAGGGAUGCGCAAGUGGCAGUGCUCAAGCGGGGAGCUUGCUGCAUCGACAGGAACAGGAUGGAUUCAGGACCACAGCUGAACAGAACGACGGCAAUGAUGAGGCGAUCGCACGAGCGCUACAAGAUCUGCUGUACGAGGAGGAGAUGCAGAGGCUCGAGCAACUUGGCGCGCCAACUGGUGGUGGUGGUCUUGCAUGGGAUCGACAGAACGGGCUACAGUUCGAUAGCAACCCACCAUCGCGAACAGCGUCACCAGCACCAAGUGCAUCAUCAGGACUGAGCUGGAGCAGAGAGCAUGGCUUGUCCUCAAUCCCAGCAUCAGGCACAUCACAACGCCCAGUACCUCCGCGUACAACAUCCAAUCCUAUACAAGGGCGCCCUGUCUCUCGCCUCGUUACGGAUACACCUCGAGCAUCCUCAUCAUCACGCACGAACCGACCACAGUCGCGUCUGAUUAUACAAGACGAGCAAGACCGUCGUAACAAACAACUUCCGCCCACGCCACCUCCUACCUCGCCACGCGUGCCUACCAACCCCAAUGAGUGGGCAUGUCCGCAAUGCACACUUCACAAUCCCCUCGAAUUCUUGCAGUGUGGUGUGUGUGGCCUGGAGCAACCGCCUCAGCCGAUUCCACAGCACAAACGUUUCGGCCCUUCACACACAGCUCCCAGUUUGCCAGCACCGCCACCGCAGUCCGGACUGAGAGGGCCAGGUACGACUCCUUUCGAGCCAGCGAAGGGCAGAAUUGGCUGGAAUUGUUUACAGUGUGGUACAUUCAUGGAGAAUGAGUGGUGGACCUGUUCACUCUGUGGUACCAUGAAAAUGGAUUCUUGAGUUGAAACAACACUGCAGAAGAGUCUAGCAAGACUUUUACUGCAAGUUGUCGGUUGGGCUGCCUCACGCAGGUUGCGCCUGCAUACAGCUGCGGGCACUCUGGAUGUGCGUGCGAACACCUCCAAUGCUGCAUACACAUACAUGGAUCUCCGACCUUCGUCGGUUGUAUACGCUUCGGUCACAUUGACUAUUACAAACGGCAUGGCGCGUGAUUUAGUAUUCUAUAUAUUCCCCAGGUUACUAAGCUCCCAACUUGGAAGAGCUACAAUCUCAUGUUCUUUACUUGCUUUCAUACACGUGGUUCAUGGCUUCCCUGUAGUUGUGGCCAGAAAUCACUUCCCUGGAGGUAGCCACUUCCUGCGAUAGUUCAUCAAGGCUCUGCGUGUAUUCUCUCUCGUUGGUAAUUCACAUCCUUCUACUUCUUCCACG